GCCGCCGAAGUGGAACAUGUGAACUUAGCCAGCGGGCCAGCCCCUAAAUUUGAUUUGUUAAAGUUAGAAUUUGUGACAAAUGGAGAUCACAUCAGCAUGUAGUGGAGACUGGGAUUCUUUGUGUAUUUUUUUCACAGGAGAAGUUAGUAUAAUGAAAUAAGUUAAUUUGGUCUCCUGAAAGAAUAUUAUUAGAAAGAAUAGAAUGUGAUACCAUAUAUUGUGUUUUAUAAUUCUAUUAAAGUUUUAAAAUAAUUGAAAUUGGGCCUACUGAACUAGUUCUAGAAUAGAUUAUCUGGUGUUAUAAAAACCAGAAUUUCUUUUAGAUACUUCCAGAGGUUUUAACUGUCUAAAAGUGGCAGAAAUCAUUUUUAGGCCAAGUUUAGUGCUUGCAGUAAAGAAAAGGAUAUGACGGAGCUUGCCUUCCUUUGAACUAGACCCUGAGUCCGCUGUGAGGAUGGGUUAUCUUAGGCCUGUGUAGCCUUACUGUAAUUCAUGCAUGUCAAGUUUUGUCGCCAAAGUUGGAGGAGUCACUUGAAAGAACCAGUAUUAGGUUAGCAUGAGUAUAAAUUCUCAUGCUGAGAAUAAAUAGCAAUGACUCAAGUUCCUGGAAAAUGAGUUUAGAGGUCAGAUUUUGCAGAAAUACCACAAUAUGCCUUUUAUGUGAAAUUGUGGAUUUAAGACAAAUUACUUUUUCCCUCAUGGAUGGUGUGAAAAACAGCAAUUACAGUUUUUCUUCUUUCUUCUUUGUGUGUCCAGUGGGAGGGGAUAGCAUCUCUGGGAGGAGGAACAGAAUGUGAAAGUUUUAUCUUAUGUGCUACUGACCGGCCUCCAUGCGUAAAAGAAUUGGAAGACUACCUACUUUGAAAGUAAAAGGGAGGAUGUACACUUCAAAGCUGUGAUUAGCAUAAGGAAUCUUGAACAAGUGACUUAGUUAUAAGCAAUUUAAAAAUAUCUUUCUAAGGACUACACCAUGACGUUUUACAUUCAUUCCAACACAUGAACACGUGUAUCGUUGCAUAUUUGUAAAGCACAUUUAUCACCUAGGAUGGCGGGGUUAUAAAUCUAGUGUUUAUAAGUUUUAUUAUCCUGGCGUUUUUGUAUUUACAAUUUUUAGUGCUGAGAAAACUCUUAAUAUCUCAAGACCUUCAAUUCUUGAGUAAGUAUUUGGUUGACAAUUUAUGAUUAUGGGCAGGAGGGGUGCCCUGCUUAGUACAAAGUGCUUUGAUGUUGCCACUUAGGAAUUUUAAAUUUAAGAUAAAAAACUUUGAUAUAAACAAGAACAAAGAGAAAAGUCCCUGGGCAAAGAAACUAGACUCUACAAGUAGAAAUGAACUGUAAGUGACCUCCUGGGUCAUCCGUGAACAUUUAAUCUACUUUGUCUAUUUGUAAGGUGGGAUUGCCUUCCUGUGUCAUCCUUCAGCAUGUUCGACCUCAUAGUUUCCUGGGAGGACAAGCAAAUCUAAUAAACUCAGUGAAGCACCAUCAAGAAAGUGUAUUUAUUGACAUGUAUUCCUCUGAGAAAUCUUGGACAGCAGAUUUUGGUUUAAGAUCUGAUUGGGACAACAUACAGAGACAUUUCCAGUCAUGAAUUCAGACCAGGAUGUAGCACUCAAACUUGCCCAGGAGCGAGCUGAAAUAGUUGCUAAAUAUGACAGAGGACGAGAAGGUGCCGAGAUUGAACCCUGGGAAGAUGCUGAUUACCUUGUUUACAAAGUCACAGAUAGAUUUGGCUUUUUACAUGAGGAGGAGCUCCCAUAUCAUAAUGCAGCUAUGGAACGGCAAAAGCACCUGGAAAUUGAAAGAACUACAAAAUGGUUGAAAAUGCUGAAAGGAUGGGAAAAAUACAAGAAUACUGAAAAGUUUCAUAGGAGAAUUUACAAAGGAAUCCCACUCCAGCUCAGAGGUGAAGUCUGGGCUCUACUCCUGGAGAUCCCUAAAAUGAAAGAAGAAACGAGAGACCUUUACAGUAAAUUAAAACACAGAGCGCGGGGUUGUUCACCUGAUAUCAGACAAAUAGACCUUGAUGUCAACCGCACGUUUAGGGACCAUAUUAUGUUUAGAGACAGAUAUGGUGUUAAGCAACAAUCCCUGUUCCAUGUUCUUGCUGCAUAUUCUAUUUAUAAUACGGAAGUUGGAUACUGUCAGGGCAUGAGCCAGAUCACAGCAUUACUCCUUAUGUAUAUGAAUGAAGAAGAUGCCUUCUGGGCCCUGGUCAAACUAUUCUCGGGCCCCAAACAUGCCAUGCAUGGCUUUUUUGUCCAAGGUUUUCCCAAACUCUUGAGAUUUCAAGAACAUCAUGAAAAAAUACUGAAUAAAUUUCUGUCCAAGCUUAAGCAACACCUGGAUUCGCAAGAAAUCUACACAAGUUUUUACACAAUGAAAUGGUUUUUUCAGUGUUUCCUCGAUCGUACUCCCUUUACACUAAACCUGAGAAUAUGGGAUAUCUACAUCUUUGAAGGAGAACGAGUUCUUACUGCUAUGUCUUACACAAUCUUAAAAUUACACAAAAAACAUCUAAUGAAAUUGUCUAUGGAAGAACUUGUAGAAUUUCUUCAGGAGACCCUGGCAAAGGAUUUUUUCUUUGAAGAUGACUUUGUAAUAGAGCAACUUCAGAUUUCUAUGGCAGAACUAAAGCGGGCGAAAUUAGACCUUCCAGAGCCUGGUAAAGAAGAUGAAUUUCCAAAGAAACCUUUGGGACAACUUCCACCUGAAUGUCAGUCUGCUGGCAUUAGUCACCUGAGCAAUGGACAAAGAAGUGUUGGCAAGUCAAGUCCUCAUAUGAGCAGCAGACAAGAAAGUGGCUCAUCACCUCACAAAAAACAGGAGCAUUCCCCUCACCAUCAAAGCAGAAUUGGUACGCCGGAAAGAGUAAGGCAGCUAAGACGGAAAUCGGCGGACGAGGAUAGCAAAAAGCUUAAAGAAGAGGCCAAUUUUCAAAGAAAACUUCCAUCAGGUCCACAAGACAAUUCCAGGCAAUAUAAUCAUGCAGCUGCUAACCAAAAUAGCAAUGCCACUUCAAAUAUCAGGAAGGAAUUUGUGCCCAAAUGGAAUAAACCGUCAGAUACUUCAACUAGUGAAAAAACUGCCAAAUACGCCGUUGAAGGCAAAGGUAGAUCAGCACACCCCACGCUUACAGUCACCAUCCCUAGUUCUGCUGAUGCUCGGAUGUCCAAUGUAAGGCAAAAGAUGAAGGUUUGGGAUGCUGAUGAAGGGAAACGUGGUUCUAAUGCAUCACAGUAUGAUAAUGUACCUGAAAAUGAAAAUGGCACUUCUAUCGAAGAGGCUCUGGAAAGGGCUUACUCUCAAAGUCCCAGGAAUAUUGUUUACUCUCACAGUCCAAGAAAGCACGCUGAGCCAAGUUCUAGUCCAUCAAAAAUACCAAACAAGUUUACUUUUAAAGUGCAGCCUCCAAGUUAUGCAAAAUAUCCAUCUCACCUAGAUGGGGAAGACGGCGGGACCGUGCAUCCGCCAUCUUAUAGUAAUCCUCCUGUUUACCAUGGAAAUUCUCCCAAACACAUCCCUACUGCUAACAGCAGCUUUGUGUCUCCACAACUUACCCCUGGGACCCAAAUGAAUCCUUCCAGGAGGCCUUAUGGUUCUACUCUUUCGAUCGAUAGUUCUCCAGAAAAAUCUUACAGCCGCCCAACUCCCCUUGUACUACCUUCUAGUCGAAUAGAAGUUCUCCCUGUUGAUAUUGGUGCUGGGGGAUAUUCGGGCAAUUCAGGGUCACCAAAGAAUGGAAAAUUCAUCAUUCCUCCAGUGGAUUAUUUGCCAGAUAACAGAAAACGAUCAGAAGUGAGUUACACAUACAGACCUGAGAUGCAUGGACAGUCGUGGACUCGAGAUCCUAACCGUAGCCACUUAAGCAAUUUACCAAAAUAUUCUGCCUUUCAGCAUGUCUCCUUUCAGGACCGUAACCUCCCAGCGGUUUCGGUCGAUAGUCCAGUGCGGUAUAGAACUUCACCAGCUUUAGAAGAUGCCAGUUCCUCCGGGUAUCAAUAUUCAGGGCCCUCGUCUCCAGCGUAUCACUACAGAAAUCGGGACGGGCUCUCCAUUCAAGAAUCAGUAUUGCUGUGAGAAUUCAUCUGUACUUGCUAAAGACAAAAGAGUAGAAAUCGUAUGAAACCCAUGUUGCUAUGUUUAUAAUUGCCAAAGCAGUAUUUUAUACUAUUGUAAACAACUCGCAGAGUUUUAAUAAGACUAUGCGGAAGUGUUUCCAUCCCCACGUAGAUGCUGCUUAAGAUGAGCAUUUAAAUUGCGUCAUCACUGAACCUGUUAAAAGGAAUUUAACAUGGAAACAUAGCAAUAGCAUUUAGGGAUGCACGCACAAUAAUUCAUCACUCAGUUUCAUUGAUAUCUUUCUCCAAAACCUGAACAUUUUUACUCUAUUAGCCCAUUCCAUUUUGAGUAAUGUUACAAAGCACUGAAAAACUUUCUGUGUAGAAUAGAUAUUUUCAAGGCUAUAUGUGGUGUAUGUGUCUUUAACAGAUAUUAUAGGCAUCUAUGCAUACACAUUUGAACACAGAACUAAAGAAACAUUUAAAAACUACUUUUAAUCUAGAUCCAUGGAAUAAUUUAUUAUUCUUUUUCUUAACUUGUUUUUUAGUCGUUUUUUUCCUUAUAUUUUUAACCCAGGUCCUAAACUGACUUCAGAGUUUGCCCUAACUUAAUUCAGCAUCUCACAGAGUGCUCAUCAUUUUUGUUCAAUUGCUGCCAUUUUCUUUCAAUCUGAAAAUUAAAGACAUUGGAGAGAAAGGCUAACCACUUAACGGUGCUUAAAAUUUGGGGCAGUUAAAGUAAGCUGAUGGCCACAGGUGCCGCGCUCUCCGUAUCUGUGUACACGAAAUCGGUUUUAAUGCAUUUGUGCUCUUUGUUCUGGCCUGACUUGUGCAAAGCUCAGAGCAGAAUGUUCUUUGCCAGAUGCAAAGGAAAUGCUAUAAUACACUCUCCAGUGGAUGCCAGCAGGAGAAGUUGCAAGUUACUGAUCACCAAGCACUCACACGGGGCAGCAGAACAAACUCCUUUGAAAUUCAUUUGAAAGCAGAAUUAACAAUAUGGUGACUUCUUACUUCUGCCCCUCAAAUUCCUGCAGGGCCUCCCCACAAAGGGCCCCGGGUGGUCAUUUACAUGAUCUUUUCCCGGCACUCUUUUCUUUCAAGAAUGUAGUCGAUGGAUAUUGCUGCACUUAGGCCAUUAAGUUAUGAGUAUGUAAAAUUGUAGAGAUGAUCCUAAUUAUUAGGAGUCGGAAAAAAAUUUAAGUGUGACUUUUACACUUUCAAAAGUCUUUUCUUUUUCAGUGAAAAACAAUUCAGGUUUAUGGUAAAAAAUUAGCAAUGUCUUUAAAUAUAUUCUGUUACACUACAAUUACUAAAACACUGACAAAGUUUUGGGCAUUCCAAGAAAGUCUGACUUUGUGUUUAAUUGGAGAGCUUGUCUUCAACAGGACUUUGCUCACAUUUGAAUAGUAGAGUAGAAAACCUACCAUGGAUGGCUCUUCUUGUUGCAAGUUGCAGCUUGAAGCUUUCAAGGUACAGAAGUCUGUCUUUUAAAAUGAGAGUAACAUUUGUUUAGCUAGUGAAUGUGACUAUUUUUUAUGUAUAUAAUGAGUCUAAUGUAAUUGUAAUCAACUCGGUAAUGAUGUUAUUAAAUGGCAAAGGAAAUGCAGUGUCUGAGCGGCCAGGCGCUCCACUGCAGCUCCAGCGAAGUCCUGCUCGCACCGGGCUCUUGAUGCAGAGCGUGCAGGAGCUUGGAAAUACAUGUGUAUAAAAUGUAGCUGAGGAGAGUAAUUCCAAUUUUUAAACCAUGAUUCUGUGACUUGUAAUAAACCAAGCUGUAUAAUUUAGUUUAUGAUAGCAGCAUCUGGGCUGCUCCAAAAUAUAUAUAUCAACAGUGGUAAAUACUGUAGAUUUAUAUAUAUAUAUAUAUAUGCAAAAUAUAUAUAUCACACACUAUUUUCUUAUGUCAUCUAUGACAUUUUUUAUCUGUAUACUUUUUUUGAUGUGAUUAUUUUUAACAUGCUAAAAGUAAUAAUUAUA